CUAUCGCGAAAAAAAGGGGAGAACAACAAGAGAGAAGGACAGAUCGAUAGAACCGGCGGCAGCGGCGGCCAGUGUGCUUUUGCUUGCUCUCGCCUGUGCUUCGUCUCCACGCGGGGAAUCGAGAGCACACACCGGGGUGCGGCCGACGAUGGUGAAGGCCCCGACCAUGGGUCCCUCGACCGGCACCCAGGGGAUCAGGAAGAUUCACCCUGGGCCCGAAAUCGCGAUGAAUCCGAGGAAUCUGCCGACCGCGAACGCAACUACACCUCCCAGCAUCCGAACAGAUGGCAAGACCACCUCUAUCUAUCAUCCUCAGGUGGACGUCUCGACCCAGGUGGAUCUGCAAGCCGGUUUCGUGGCGCCAGCGGGCAGUAUCAGCAUCGACUGGGAUCGUAGGGCGACCCCCCUUUACUCUCGGGAGGACAUCAAAGAACAGUAUUGCAUAACCAGCCGGCAAUUGGACGCGGUCGAGAAGUCUGGGGGUGGGUUCUUCGGCUGCCUGUCGACCAGGGGCCCGUCGCCGUGCGCCUCUGCUAGAACCUCGAUCCUCUCCGCCUGCGUGAGGAGCGUGCCCAGCGAUGAGAACCUCUGCGACGCCCCCUACCCCCGCCGAUCCCUCCAGAUCAUGUAUCGUCAACCUUACCCGACCUACUCGAGGGGUUUCUCUCGUUACGAUUUGGAGGACGAGGCUGACUGGAUCGAGAGUUCCUACUUCAGGCGCAGACCAAGAUCCUUCUGCACCGUGCCCGAUCCGAAAAGAUACACGUGGCUUCCAGAGGACGAGGAGUCGACGAAGUUGGAGGGUCCUCGGCCGGUGUUGCCCCCGGCGCCGCCCCCGCCCGCGUCGCAAGCACCGAAAACGAAACACGUGAGCUUCGCGAGAUCGUACACUCUUACGUCGUUCGACGUCCCAAGGAGCAGAAGCCCCCCAAGGCCGCAGAACCAGGAACGCCUCAUAGAUUCCCAGCCGACGAUGCAGAACGCCAUGCUACCCUCGGCCUUACCCUUGAUGCAUCCGUACGCCGCUAACGAGCCCCGAGUUAUUGUCCUAGAGAAGCCACCGAAGCGCGGCACGAUGAAAACCCAGGCGACUCAGACCGAGAUCCCUGCCGUGUUCCGUGCCCGUGUGCCCGUCACCCUUAGCCCGAGGACGAUACACCGCGUGAAGAUGGUCUCGCAGGGGGCGCAGACCAACGGCCUGUUCAACGGCAGGAAGUUGACCAAGAGUUACUCGGAGGCAGGCCAGCUGGGCACGCCUUUGGGUCAAGCAAGUGCGGCGGGGAAGGACGGAGAGGAGCACCACGAGCCCCUUCACAGGACGCAGAGCGAGGAACCACCGAGGUCGCCCUUCCUCGUCGACACGCCACCCCCUCAGGGACACGUGGAGGAGCCAUUGACCAACGGGGAUCUCUCGGAACCUAUCAUGGCCGUCUCCCAGGGUCGGCGAAGAUCGUACGAGUUGGACGACCAAGAGAUUCUCAUCGACUUUAAACCAGCGCCCGUGUCGCCGGACGCCCGCGCCCUUUUGAACCGGAUGUCCCAGACGGGAAGGAGGUUCCUCCCGUUGCAGAAGACGCUGUCGGACGGCGAGAUCCGGGUCGAGAGACGCGAAUUGAUCGGGGAAGCCGGUGAACCGAGUUAUCCGCACACGUGCAGGAGGAAUCACCAGGACCCCUGGGGGAGGACCGUCAGAGCACCCGUCCAAUUCUCCUCCACGCCCGAGGAUCUGUCCUUGCUCAGGGUCGCUUCGCCCCAAGAGGAUCAUCCCGAGGAGGAGUUUCACGAGAAUCUCAUCAGGCGAGGACUGUUCCGCAAAAGGAGCGUAUCGUUGGAAGAUGGCGUGCAAGGAUUGGCAUCCGACGAUUUUAUGCUACCCAGAUCGCUCCCCACGUCCCCUACAUCGCCGACAGCGGUAUCAGCGCCACGAAGAAUUUUACAAAGUCCGAAGGACUACGAGUCGCCGACACGUCCGUUGCGGCAAACCGGGCAAAUUUGCCCGUUACUUUUCGGCCCUGGAACCGGGAUAUCCGGUAUGAUCACAUCUCCGUUCGCAUCGAGCGAUUCGUUAACGAACGACGUCACGAGGGACCACAGCGACGGAAUUUGGAACGAGUCUCAGGCGACCGUGCUCCAGGCAGACUCGUUGGCCCUUUUGACACCGUCCUCGAGGAGAAGGCACCUACUGCUUCUCCAGCAUCAGCAACGUUCCUCGAUGGACACGGAGGCGCUCGAUAUCGAAGAGACGAUGGAAUCGCGCCCAUCGAGUCCAAGGAUACGCCUCGAGGCUGCCACGCCUAUCCAACCGUUAACGCCAAGGCAAUUACUUCUCAGCGUCGAAUCGUGCGUCACGUCGAUGAACGGAAGGCCGAGAGGCGGAUUCCGUCGUCCAAGCCCCGGGCCCCCCUUGUCCCAGCCCCAGUCGCAAUCCUCGAGCGAGUUCGGGCUGAGCCUGGCGCGGACCGACUCGGGCGGUCGGACCAACACGGACCUGUCCGAAACCUCGACCACCGAGGACUACGUCACUGCCAACACCUCGACCGAGACCGGGACCACUACGGGCACUUCCGCAACGACCAGCUCCUGGUCGAGGCCCCCGCAGACGUCGAGCGCAGCGGCCUCGGCCUCGGCGACAGCCACUGCCGCGGAGGGUAGCUCGUUCGAGAGCGCCAGCUCCAUUUACAGCCUGGCUCGCAGCGAGGCCGUCGUUGAAGAGCCAUGCAGCCCGCCACCGAUAUUGGAGGAAACGGAAAUUCCAUUUGGAUUGGAGGUACCCCCGUCACCAGCCAGGUCCACGAGCAGCAGCAGUUCGGGCAGUUACGACCUGAAAGACGCGAUGACAGAUCCGGGUCAGGAGGUUGAGCAGCAAACGGCACCGCCGAGCGGACACACCUCCGAGACGGAGCUGGAUCAUGACGAAGGCCACCGCUCCUCUUCGGGCGGUUACGCCGAGUCUCCGCCGGAUCUGCGCGGUUGGACCGAGGAGGAGAGGCGCAGACGAAGGAAGACGUUCUCCCUCGACUUUCUGGGAAGCGGCGCGGGCGUGGAACGGAGCGCGGAUUCGUACGGGGACAGCGUUGAGUUGAGUCCAACGCCGAGCCAUCGUCACAGGCCGAGGGGGAAAUCGACGAGCGCGAGAAGCCCGCACAAGAACAACAGGAAGCGGGACGCGACAAUGUCCGUGCAACAAUCGGCGCAACAGCAGGCGCAGCAACAGCAACAGCAACAAAUUAGCAGGAGCCCACAGAAGGAGGAUUGGCGCGUGGAACAAGGGGAGGAUGGCGGCCACGUGCCCACCUCGGACGAUUCCAGCUGCAGCCACCACUAUCACAUGCACCAUCACCAUCAUCAUCACCUGCACCGCGAGGGAGCCGAUGGAAGGCACAGGAGGACGAGGGAGAGUCCCAGGAGGAAGACCACUGGUUAUGUUUCUACCAGGAGAAGGAGUAACGAGUGGGAUUUUCCAGACAAGAACGCGGCCAUAACGGGGAGCCUGCCACGAAGGAGGUCGCGAGCGGCGGACGACAUAAUGUGCUCGAGGUUGAGCCCGGGCCGUUAUCAACGAAGUCCGGGGCACAACGGGCAAAGGGCGGUGAUUGUCGAGUCGCAGAGCCCCGAGGCCAGAUUAAAGGCUCUUUCAGCGGAAUCGUUGAGGUCUGUCAGCCCUGGGAGCGACAGUGUUUUCUACAGCGAGGGGGCGGACCAAUGCUUGACCAUCGGCGCCCUUGACGCCCCCCAUUGCCACCACUGCGGCAGAGAGGUCUCGGAAGAGAUCGUUCGACCGCCGGCAGGUUUCGCGGACUCCCCCGAAGGGCACAGAUCCUCCACGUCGAAGCACGUGCCCGGCCACCGUCUCUACAAGAAAUUCGACAAGAGGUACCGGUCGGAGGAUCGUGGGGACAGGCGGCACAGGCGCAGCAGCGCGGGCAGAUCGGACGUCAGGGCGAAAUCGGAGGAGAGGGUGGCGUCGAGGCGAGGGAGCAGAGGUUCCAUCGACGACACAGCCGCUGGAAGGAAGAGGCUUCACGCGAGGAGCACCGAUGUCAGCUUGGAGAUCCUUACUGGUCGAGAGGACGAGGACACGUACGUGGAGCCGUACACGAGCAGCGAGUGGAUUUACAUCGGCGAUUUCGAGGAGAGCCACGUGUGGAAGAGGCCGGACGGCAGGGAAACGGACGACGAAAUUGGGGAGAGCGUGGCGAAGGAGAGGAGGGGCUCGCAAGAGUCGACCGAGAGCGAGAGAAACUUCAGGAAAAAGUAUCAGGCGACGACUCAGAGGAUAGUGCACCGAAAGAUCAGCGGGGAGAUGUAUAAGAGGAUACAGACCAAGUGUUUCGAGAGCGACAAGAGGGUGGUGGUGAGACGAGAGGCUGGUGGAGAGUUUGGUUUCCGGAUCCACGGCUCGAAACCGGUGGUCGUUUCCGCGAUCGAGCCCGACACGCCUGCCGAGAGCUCGGGCCUCGAAGUCGGCGACAUUAUAAUGUCGGUGAACGGAAAAAGCGUGAUGGACGCGACUCAUUCGGAAGUGGUGAGGCUCGCGCACUCUGGAACCGACGUCCUUGAACUCGAAGUGGCGAGGACGUGCAACGUGCUCGCGCCGCGGGUGUCCAGGCCCGGCACCAAGGAAGGAAACGACGAGGCGCCGCUUUGUUCCGGAUACCUGUGGAGAAAAUCCGCCACCUCCUCGAACACGGACAAGUGGGUGAGGAGAUGGUUCGCCUUGCGACGUGACAACUGCCUCUACUAUUACAAGACUGACGCGGAUUCACAGCCAGUAGGGGCGGUGAUGCUGAUAAAGUACGAUGUGGAGCAAACACCAGAGCUAAGGUUGCACAGUUUCGCGAUCAAGAAACAUGGCGCGCCGACGCUUCGACUCGCGGCGGAUACGGAAGAGGCAGCAGCUCGAUGGACGACGGUCAUCAAGGAGGCCAUUGAGAGAAACGACCAAGUCGACACCUGGCUGGAAGCGUCGUUAAGAAUGCGUGAGAUGGCGGCGUGCGCCAUUCACAGACCAGAUUGCUUUGGGUAUCUGAGCAAGCAGCAGGAACACGCAAGGAAAACAUCCUCGCCAACCGGUUGGUCGAGGCGGUAUUGCGUGCUGAAAGACGCCGCGUUGUAUUUCUACGACGACGCGAAUGCCGAGAAGGCGUUCGGUGUCGCCUGCCUUCACGGCUUCAGAGUGCACAGCAGCGCACCCACUUCUGGUGGCAGGAAGCACGCGUUCGAAUUGCAGCCACCAGACCCCACGCAGAGGAGUUACAUCUUCGCCACGGAAUCAGAGAUGGACAAGAAACGGUGGCUCGCAGCACUCGAAUAUUCGAUCGAUCGAUGGAUAAAGAUUGGUUGACAAAGGCCGACCUACCGUACGAAGAAGCAAAGAAGUCGAAGCAGCGAAGAUCCUUUGAGAUGUCCUUCGCCUCUUUCUGUUUCCGGUUCCUAACGAACAUUGACGAAAAUCACAAAUUCAUCGAUCACCGUCGCCGUUAUCACCUCGAUCGUCGUUCGCAAAUUCAUCGCGUGGAUCGUGUCGCAAAUACUCUUCAAAUUCGCGAUUCGUCAGAAAUCAUGAUAAGCGAUUUCAUUAUCUAUUAUCAAAUAUUGUUUACCUUCGUAAAGAAUUUUGAAUUUUUCUUCUCAUUCGAUUAAUUUAAUCGAUAUCGAUGAUGACGUAAUCUUUUAAAUAUUUCAUAUUUUUCUCUCUUUUCCUAUGAAGAAAUGUUAUUUUCUAAUUGCAAACUUUCUUAAAUUUAGUCAAUGUUGUUAUAAUGUUGUUCAAUUAUAUAUAUAUAUCAAACAACAUUGGAUUAAAGAAAUUUCAAUUAAUAAUUAACUUUUAAGCGCCUCUUUCACAAUUUCAAUUUUAUACAAAUUUUGUGUAAAUUUGAUCCUUUAUUGUAUAAAUUUCGAUAAUUCUGCUGUUUGCAAUUUUUAAAAAUUUCGUCACGUUCUUCUAUAGCUGUUUAUAUUUAUACGAAUUUUUCGUCGAUCUCGUUGUUGCCGGUGAUUCCGAUGCUCGAUUCGUAAAACUUCGUCAAUCUCUUAGUGUCACGGAUCAUUUUUUAUAAUAAUUACUGAUUGUCAAUGGCGUUGCAUUUAUCAAAAAUUCAAUAUUCUUAACGCAAUUGAUACUUGAAACAAUGUUUCUCAAACAUGUGUAUUAUAUUUAAAACAUUCGAUAAUAUGCUGUUGAUUUCUGAUAUAUUUUGUAUAUCGUUCAAAGUAAGAAAAAAAAAACAUUGCUUAUCUAAAUAAUUUUAAUCGUAAAAUAAUUCAAAAGUAAUUGAUUUCGUUAAAUAUUUUUUUAUCUUUGAAAAAAGCAUUUUUUUAAUUAUUUCAAUAAAUACAUUUAUAAAGUCACAUUACGUGCACGAUAUUUCACUUAUAUAUCGUGUAAUUUUAAGAAAUUUGCAUAAUAAUAUGUAGGCUAUAAGAUAAAAUUAAAUUUAAUUUAUUUAGACAUUUUAUAUUCAAUUUUUUAACCAAUUCACUUUCACUGUCAUUAAGACAUUUAAUACGAUCUAGUGUUCAUGUAAUAUCGAUUAACCUAUCAUUAAUAUCGUCAACGAUCACUGAACGAAAAAAAAUCAGCUUCGAGAUCUCUUUCAUUUCCCUAUCCAAAUAUACACGCACAAUUUUUACCGUUUGUAAUAAUCGUUACUUUUUCGAUAAUGAUGCUCACAAAACGCAUAAAGACUUGAAAACAUCGUAAGAAAGUAAGGAAACAGUAGCUACUACAUCGUUUAAAAUGACAGGAAAGUUGAGAAACACUGUUUCAAGCUAGUCCCAGUAUCGAGUCAGACAAAUCUUAAUACAAUAGAACUUCAUUUAUCCGAAUUUUAUUCAUUGGAAUUGCUAUUUAGAAAAAUUUUAUUUCAUCGUAUAUUAAUAGUAAUAGUUAUCAAUUUUGUGAGAUUAGUCGUUAUCAUUGAAAGGAUUAAUAAUCGAAUUUUACUGAGUUUUUAUUAUAUUAAUAUAGAGAUGAUCUAUGCUUUUUAUUAGGUUGUAGAAGAUUUUAUAACAUCGUACGAACAUUAUUACGUCGCUAGAUGUCUCGUCAAUCGAUGCAAAGAUGGCUAAUUCCUUAAUCUUUGAAGAUAUUCCGAUAAAAGAAGUUCUAUCGUAUUUAUAAUCUUCGUGAUUCGUGUCUCGUGCUCGUGACUUAGUAAAUUUUUGUAUUGUUAAUCAGCUUUUGGAUUCUGUUUUUAUAUAUACAAACGUUGCAUACUUUAUCGACACACAGGAAUUGAAAUCACACUCGACAAGCGUGGAACAUGAAAAUAAGAAGAAGAAAAAAGAAGCAAGGGGAUGAUGAGAAUUGUUUAUUCACCAACUGUGUCUUGUAUUAAAAUGAUUACGAUUACCGACUUUUUCUCUUACAGAAUUAGGAUUCGAUUUAGAUUUUAAGAGAAUUUUAACUGUCGUCCACCGAAUUUUCAUUGGAAAAUUUUUCUCAUAGCAGAAUCGAGGAUACAUUAGAUCGAUGCAAAUGAAAUGGCUGAAUUUGAACGUCUGUAAUUUUAUAGAGAAUAAAUUUUUUUUUUAAUGAAUAAAGAUAUAAUUCAACAGAUAUAAUACAUUUUGAAAAACGUUAAUAAAAAAGAAUUCGUAAUAAGAAAAUUUUGUUUGAGCUUUAA